CCGCCUGCCCGCCCCGCCGCACGACCUGCCCGCGCUGCUGACGCCCUCUGCCGAAGCCCAGAUGGUGCAGUCUCUGGGCUUUGCCGUGUACCGGGCGCUGGACUGGGGACUGGACGAGAACGAGGAGCGGGAGCUGAGCCCGCGCCUGGAGCAGCUCAUCGACCUGAUGACCAACAGCGACUCGGAGGACAGCGGCUGCGCCACGGCCGACGAGGGCUAUGGGGGGCAGGAUGAGGAGGAGGAGGGGGGCGAGGGGCCGCCUCGCUCCGUGCGCACCUUCGGCCAGGCCAUGCGCUGCUGCGCCGCCCGCCUGGCCGACCCCGCCGGCGCCCCCGCGCACUACCAGGCUGUGUGCCGAGCCCUCUUCGCAGAGACCGUGGAGCUCAUGGCCUUCCUCGCCAAGAUCCGCGAUGCCAAGGAGCUACUGCAGAAGCUGAAGGAGGAUGAGGAAGAGGAGGAGCGGCCAGCGGCGGAGCUGGGGAACCUGCGCAACACAGACUGGGCCCGGCUCUGGGUGCAGCUGAUGCGGGAGCUGCGGCACGGUGUGAAGCUGAAGAAGGUGCAGGAGAAGCAGUUCAACCCUCUGCCCACCGAGUACCAGCUCACGCCCUUCGAGAUGCUCAUGCAGGACAUCCGUGCCCGCAACUACAAACUCCGCAAGGUCAUGGUGGAUGGAGACAUCCCCCCCCGGGUGAAGAAAGAUGCCCACGAGCUCAUACUGGACUUCAUCCGCUCCCGGCCCCCACUGAAGCAGGCAUCAGAGCGGCGGCUGCGGCCGCUGCCCCAGAAGCAGAGGACGCUCCACGAGAAGAUCCUGGAGGAGAUCAGGCAGGAGCGGAAGCUCCGGCCUGUGGAGCAGAAAGGAUACAGCUCCUUGCCCUGCAUCCCACACGCCUGCGCCGGCCGCCUGAGCUCCAGCUCCUGCCUCGAGCUGUCCCGGUGCCCGGCCAGCGCCGUGCCCGCGCGCCCACGGCCACGCGUCCUGCUCAAGGCGCCCACCCUGGCCGAGAUGGAGGAGAUGAACCUCUCCGAGGACGAGGACUCUCCGGCCACAGAGGUGCCGCUGAAGCGGGAUCGCUCCUUCUCGGAGCAGGACCUGGCACAGCUGCAGAGCCAGCUGGGAGGUGACCAGGCUGUGCCCAGGGACCCAGAGCCACUGCAGCCCGAGCUCCGUCCCCGCUCAGGCUCCGUCCCUGCCAGCUGCCACCCGCUGCCAGAUGGCCCAGCACUGCCCCGGGCUGCCCUCGGCGCCCUGGAGGAGAGGCCAGAGGAUGGAUCCGGCGCUGGCCCUGCCAGCAGCUCCAAGCACCUCUGGCUGGAGUUCAGCCACCCUGUGGAGAGCCUGGCCCUGACUGUGGAGGAGAUGAUCAACGUGCGCAGGGUGCUGGUCAAGGCUGAGAUGGAGAAGUUCCUGCAGAGCAAGGAGCUCUACAGCAGCCUGCGGAGGGGGAAGGUCUGCUGCUGCUGCAGGGCCAAGUUUCCUCUCUUCUCCUGGCCCACGUCGUGUUUCUUCUGCAAGCGGUCUGUCUGUAGCUCCUGCAGUCUAAAGAUGAAGAUGCCUUCCAAGAAGCUGGCUCACAUCCCCGUCUACGCGCUGGGCUUCGAGAGCCUGCCAGGCUCGCUGCUGCCCAAAGCCCCGCCGCUGCGCCGGAGGGAGCCCUUCCACUCGCUCUCGGGGCCGUGCUGGCGCCGGGUGGAGGAGGAAUUCCCCCACAUCUACGCCCAGGGCUCGGUGCUGCGCGACGUGUGCUCCGACUGCGCCGGCUUCGUGACGGACGUGGUGAGCUCCAGCCGCCGCAGCGUGGCCGUGCUCAACGCCAGCGCCGCGUCCCGGCGCCACGCCAAGGCGCGCUCCCUCUACAGCGACGCGUGGCUCAAGUGACGGUCCCCGCGGGGCUGCCGGUCAUCACCCCGGCACAGCGCCCCGAUGUACAUAUAUACAUAGGAUGGAUACACACAGCUUCUAUAUUUAUAUACAUUAUGGACCGAGGGGCAAAAGGAGCCGUUCCCGCUGUCCCUGCCAUCCCUCUGUGUCCCUGCCACCGGCCCCCGAGGGGAUGGAUCCUGCUGUGGGGCACCCGCAACCCCCCGGGAGGACGGAUCCCGCUGCGGGGCAGCUCUUGGGGGAUGGAUUCUGCUGUGGGACACCCGCAGCCCCUGCGUUCGCCCCCCGGCCCCGCUUCUGUGCCAAGCCCUGGCUGUGCCGGGGUGCCCGGUGCCCUGGGCUGGCAUGGCUGUUCUGUACGACCCCUCCAUAAUAAACCGCUGGGCUGCCCUGG